UUUACAAACAGUUUUUAAAGUUAAUACGUUAGUAAAUUAUACUCUCGGACAUGUCGAAAAAACAGAACACUAAAUCAGAAUCAUCCCCCUCAUUAUCGUUACAAGGCUCACAAGUAUGUACACUAUUCACUGAAUUUUGGUGAUAUAUUAUUCAUUAGUGUUUAUUCCAAUUUUAUGCCAAUCACAAUCAAACAUUUUUGUAAGAAUUGGUAUUAGAGUUAAUCUGAACAGACUUUAUUUGUUUAUAUUAUAUGAAGUAUGACAAAUGGAAGAUUGACAACAGCUGUACGAAGACAAAAUAAAUUUGACUUUGCGUUCGUCAAAUUGUAAUACACCAAGUCCCCUACGAUGUUUUUACAAUCAAAAUAUAGAUUUUACAAACCAAAACCAUCCGUUUUCUAGACCAAUGUCAGCAUCUACAAUGGGUCCUAUAAAUCAGGAUUCUCCUAGAAAAUUCAACUUAGUCAAAAGACCUCAAUCUGCAGAUAUAUUAAGUACAUUUGAAAAGAACAGACAUAUAACAUUUAAUUUUAACGACCAUCAAAGUGGUUCAAGAUUUAAUAAAUGCUCAAAAGUUCAAAACGCAUUUGAAGAACUGGAGGUAGAAGAUUUAUCAUUGGAAAGUUGCUCUAUGCCUGCAAAGAAUGAUGACCAUCAAUCAAAUGAUGAACAAUUAGAACCAGGCCUAACAUCCAAACCACCCAUUCCACCAACAAUUCUUCAUUCAGCAGUUGAAUAUGAUGAAAGAGAAAAAAAAAACAUGCCUAUAACAUUUGACGAUUCUAUAGCGCUUAAAUUUCAGAGAUGGUUUCCAAAUUCGGUAUCUAAUUCACAACCAUCAGAAAUUGGAACAGAUGUCUCAUUGAAAGGUAUGUCGUACGAAUAUAGCCAGCGAGUUAUUGAUAAAGAUAAAGGCACUAUAACUUAUACAAGAAGUAGUUCAUCUAUGAGCAUUAGAGGAAGUGAAGAUCAUUUGGAUGAAGAAAAUCUUUACUCUAAUUUAAAUGCUGCUAUAAGUUGUGAUAAUAAGCUUAAAUCGUCUAUGUCAGUAGAUCUUUUAGAAAUCCUGCAUAAUAAUGACAACCACCAAAUAUCGUCAGGAAAAAAGAAAAAGAAAAAAGUGCUACCAGUUGCGUCCAAAUUAAAAAAGGAAAUACUAAAAUCAGGUGAAGUAAAAAAAAAUCUCCUGAAAUGCAAAAUACCAGGUGAUCAAAACGAUCCUGUUAAAGAUCAACCAAAACCUGUUAACAUUAGUGAAACGAAAAAAGACUAUUCUAAAAAAGCAAAUACUUCACCUGUCAUUGACAAGCCUAAAGAAGAAAUUGUUUCAUGGAUGUCAACUCAUCAAAAUCAAAGACCAAAUACGCCAAAACAUAAUAAUAAUAUUUUCAUGGAAAAUACUUCAACUUAUGAAGAAAUAGUAAGCAUACUUAAAGAACUUGAAUCGGAAAAUGACAUUACUGAUAAAAUCAGUGUCAAUAAAAAUGGUCUUUCAGAGUUAAAUAAUCACGAAAUACUAGCUCCUGAGAUUUCGACUUCUAGUUCAAAAGCGCUUUGGUCAUUUUUGGACGAAGUUGAUAAAAAUUCAAAUUGUUCCACUCCUUCAAAAACACAGCAACUAAAAUCAUCUAUAAUUAAAACUAGCGUGUUAAAAUCUUUAGAAAACAAAUCAACAGAAGUAAAAAAAGGUAGUCUACAACAUUUAAUGGAACUAGGCAAACCAGAAUUGGCUCAAAAAGUUGCCUGUUUACAAUUGUUUUUAUCAGAAAAAGACGAUUUAGUCGAAAAGCUUAAAAUAACAAUUUCUGAACUGCAGGCAGAACAUGCAAAGAGCAAGGCAGAAUAUGAAUCCACGGUUAUGAGACAUCAGAAGUUUAUAGAUAAAGUAUUGCUUGAAAAAAAAGAAUUAAGCGAAAAGUGUACUGAGACCGUAAAAGAUUUAACGAAUAAAAUGAAGGAAAGAUUAGCAAGUCAAGAAGAACGACAUAAAGUUGAACUAAAAAAAGCUAUUGAAAAGCAAAUAGCGUCUGAAAAGGUUAAAAAAGAUCGAUGGGAAGACCUUAAAACCAAAAAACUCAAAGAGUUAACAAUUAAAGGGAUGGAACCAGAGUUAAAUAGAAUGUCAGCAGCUUAUCAAGAAGAAAUAUCAGAACUUAGAAGAAUUCAUCAAACACAAAUUGAAGAAAUUGAGUCUACGUGGCAUAGGAGAAUGGCUGCAAUGAGAGAUAAAAUGGAUGGUGAACGAGAACAAGCAGUGAUUGUAGAGAGAGAAACGGCUAGAAAUAGAUUAGAAAUGGAAAUAGCUGAACUUGAAAAAAGUUACCAAGAACAACGAAGACGGCUUUUAGGGGAAAUCCAUUCCGAAAGAUUGCGUCUAGAGCGAGAAAACGAAGCUGUUUUGAUGGAAAGACGUCGUAGUUUAGAUCAGAAGUUUGAAAAAUCUGUAGCUGACAUUCAAGAGAAAUUAGCUAUUAAAGAGGAUGAUUUCCAGAGGGAAUUAAAAUCUAUGAAAGAGUCAUUAGAAUCUGAAAAAACUGCGUGGAUUAAAAAUCAAACUACAAUUUUGGAAGAUAAAGAAACCUUAAUUAAAGAAGCAUGCAAAAAAGAAAGAGAUAGACACAUUGAAUUAGUAGUACAGAAGUUGGAAAAUGAAGCUACAGAAAGAGAAAAAGCAUCAGAUUUGAAAAUCAAGAGAAUAAAAUCAGAAUUUGAAGCAGAUAUACAUGAAUUGGAAAAUAUAAUAUCUGGGUUGCGAUUAAAGUUAAAUGAGUAUCGUACUAAAUUGCAAGAAAAUGAAGACAAAAUUGUUGACUUGAUGGCAGAAUUAAACAAGAAUCAAAUUGAAUUAAAAAGAUUUCAAGAAACUGUAUCGAAACUUAAUGAUGAUUUGAAAGAAAAAGACAUGAUCAUAAAAACAGAGAAUGUGGAUAAGAUUGAAAUGCUAAAAACAGAACUUAAACAAACUAAAUCACACUUUGAAGCUUUAAUUAACUCAAUUGAUAAUGAAAAAGAAAAAGAAAUAAAUCAUAUAUAUGUUAGAGUAAGAGAAGCAAUUAGUCGAAAAGAUGAAGCUAUUCAAGCAAUACAAAGUGAAAGAGAUACCGCAUUAAAUCAAUGCAGCGAUCUAGAAAUAAUGUUAGAGAAACAAAGAAAAGAAUACAUGCAACUUAAAUGAAUUAUUUUUUUGUAAAUAAUUAUGGUUGGCUUUAUAAUUUUUGAUAAUAAUAUUUGUAUAAAUUAUAAUAAUAAUAUAGUACAUACUUGUACUACCAAUAAAUAAAUAUUUAUUGUGUUGAUAGCAGUGUUGUGCCCAGAUAAAAAAUAUUUCUCUA